AUGGUUGGAAAUAUUGAAGAAAAAAACGGUUUUUAUUGUAUUCCUCCUGCAAAGUUUGGAAUAAUUGAAGCGUAUAUGCUAUCAUAUCUCAGUUUUGCUUACUUUCCGAUGCCUACUUUCCUCAUAUUUCCCAUUGUAGUUGGUAUUUCACGGGUUAUUCUGGGCCAUCAUUACAUUAGUGAUGUUAUUGCAGGAUAUUUUUUGGGUUGGAUAGAGAGUUACGUUGUCGUCACAUUCCCUUACAGUUGGAUUAUUUCUCAAAUACGUGCAUUUUUUUAG